AUGUCAUAUUUGAACCCCCUUUGGAGUUCUACAAACAAUUCCAAUGCGCAGGCUCAGAAGUCUUCUAAGCUCUCCCAAGAGGCAGCCGGCCUGACCCCGCCUCCACGCCUCAACCGCCUGGACUCGAGCGCCUCCACGACGAACUCCAACAGCUCCGACAGCAACUAUCUGAAGUGCAAUCUCGCCCAAGAAGCAAACCCGAUCCCUCACCAGCACUCCAGGUCUCAAAUCCAGCACCACGCAGCAUGUAAAUGGAUCUCAAAACCCCCCUGCCGCCUCGAAGAAGAUAAUGCCAUCGCCCUGCUUCGAGAAAAUGGCUGGAACGCCAAGGAGUGGAAGGUAAACUGUAACCUGGAGGAGCGGAAUGGCGCGCUUUACUGGGCUGCUACUAAUGGCCAUGUGGCAAUAGUGCGACGUCUCGUGAGGAACGGGACGUCUGGGAUGCCCAAGGCAGCGGGUAAAGAUUUGCGAGAAGAAUGGCGCAACUCUGCCUUGGGAAGUUCGGCUGCUGCCAACCAUGUGGCGAUCAUACAGAUACUCCUAGAGCAGGCCACGGAGGAGAAUCUGCGGAGUUAA